UGACAGUGGUCGGCGCACGUAGGUUGCUUAGUCUAAUCAUGAUGGACAGUAUGGCGGCGUGUUUUUGUUGUUUACGUUGCCGUACCUUUGGCGCAGGAAUUAGCGGAGGUCAUGUCAUCUUAAAAGAGCAACCAGCUGUAAAAUUAGAUACAUCGCAUAUGGGUAAUGAUGUUGUUAUUGUCAAACAUGGUCGUAGGAUCUGUGGCUCUGGGGGAGCAUUGGCUAAUGUUCCAAUUGUUCAGAACAAAGCAUAUUUUGAAAUCAAAGUACAAUGUGGAGGAUCUUGGGGUGUAGGGUUGGCUCUUAGGAAAGUCGACCUGAAUACUCUGCCUCUCGGAUGUGAACCUGAUGCUUGGAUUUUGCGUAACGAUGGUAAACUCUAUAAUAAUAAUGAAGAGAAAAUACAGAUCCCAGAAUUAGCCCAAGAGGGAGAUAUUAUUGGUUUAUCUUAUGACCAUGUGGAUUUGAAUUUCUUCUUAAAUGGCAAACCAACUAACACACCGGUCAGUGGACUAAAAGGCACCCUUUAUCCUGUAAUGUAUGUUGAUGAUGGAGCUGUUCUGGAUGUACAAUUUGCUACGUUUUAUCAUCAGCCACCAGAUGGCUUUGACAGGAUCAUGAUUGAACAGUCACUUCUAUGAAAAGCUGCUUUUUGUAAACGAGGUGACAUAGGCAACUGUGAACCCAAAACAAAACACCGAGAAGAAAAUGGAAGAUUUGAAGCAACAAGAGAAAGAAUGAGACUGUACGAAGAAAGUAGGGGAACGAAGAUGAAUCUGAGUAAGUUUAAGAGAAAAUCAAACAGGUUAGAAAGAGUCGGCAUGAUUUAGCACAAAUAUCCAGAAUAAAACCUAUAAUAUUAAAGAAGCAGUUGACAGAUAUGAAAGAGAGGUCAUAGAUGCUGAAGCAAGCUGACUAUAUACGACAACGUUGAGAGAGAGAAGUGGAUUGAAACAACGCAAAGAUCAUCUGGCAGAAUAGCAGGAACUUAGAGAAGGAAAUCAAAGAGAAGACAUGACCAAAGAACAGUUGCUUAAUUUAAGAAAUAUUCAAAACAAUAGACGACGUUUUAGAAACAGUUCGGUGCUCCUAUGAUAUGACAUCAGAAUAAAUAAGAUUUCUCAUUCACUAAGCCUCAAUGCUCUGAUCUAGUUUCAUUAUCAUAAGACUUUUUUUUUAAUAUAGUGAAGAAAUUCUAUGAAGAUAUAUAAAAGUAGGCAUCAACAUAAAAGUAAGAAAAUUUGUAAAAUGUGGAAUUUCUAUGUUUGCCACUAAUCAUUGUAAUAAUGUAAUGCAAUCCCUCUGGAAAUAUUUGCUCCAAGAAAUAAAUUAAAAAAAAGGCACUAAAUGCUGGGUAGUGCUAAGUGGAGUAUUACUGUACUGUACAUAGAUCCUUAUAUUCUCACUUUGUAAUAAUCUGUUAACUCAUGUGAAAGAUGUACAUAUUCCUUGCUAAUAAAUUAUAUGAUGAAGA